GGCAAGGUCUUGUGUUUCAGAACGGCCCUUCGCGAAACCCGUGAAAACGAGCGCCAUGUUCUUCGGAUCGUGUUGUCAGAUGCCCAGCGUGGGCUUUAUUGUCUUCGUCUACGGGGUGGCCAACUUCCUGGCGUUCGUGGGUGAGACUACGUACAGUCUAGCAACCAUUGCUGAAAUGCCAGAAGCUGACCACUAUCCGGAGUACUUCAGGGCCGUUGUCAACGGUAUUGUGCGCGUGAUGACGAUGUCGAUGUGCGCCUGGUGGAUCGUGUCAGCUAAUCAGGCUCGGGCCCGUGGCAUGAAGAUCGCCUUCGCGUGGAUCCUCCUCCGGGCUGUCGGCAACGUGAUGUACGCGUACGGAAGCGUCCUCUACGAGACGGUCCUCAUGCCCGAAAAUUUGAUGUCCUUUUUGGGCAUAGGAAACACGCUGGGAUCGUUGCGGCACCUGGCGGAGCGGAUCUCAAUCACGCGCUCCUUCCUACGUGGCCUCUGGGAUCCGCUUCGGCAGCGCGACGAAACACAAAAGUCAACACAAUGA